GAAGCUGCCAGAGAGUCAGGUGGCUCCGGGAUGUGCGGCGGCGGCGGCGGCAGGAGGCGGAGGCGGGCACGGAGGAGGCGGCGGAUGGGGGGGAUGCGGCGGCUCCUCCACGGCACACGCUGCCUGGUCUCGCCCCUGCCCGCGCUAGGCUGAGGCGGCCCCGCGCCGGGAAGUCCCGGCAGCGGCACCUGGUGCCGGCGGGCGCCGGGCCGCAUGAACAAUAGGCGGCGGUCCCGGCCCCGCCGCUCCCCGCAGCGCCCGGCUGCCGCGGGCGCCUCCCCCUAUGGAGCAGCCUCGCCAUGGAGCCCCUCACCGAGCUCAGCCAGGAGGGCGCGGGCGGCGGGGAGCCGCCGGGCGACGGGCCGCUCUGGACCGCUGUCUUCGAGUACGAGGCGUGCGGCGAGGACGAGCUGAGCCUGCGGCCGGGGGACGUGGUGCAGGUGCUGUCCCGGGACUCGCACGUGUCCGGCGACGAGGGCUGGUGGACGGGCAAGAUCGACCAGCGCGUCGGCAUCUUCCCCAGCAACUACGUGAGCAGCGGCGUUCCGGGGGGCGGCCCGGAGCUGCGCGCCCGAUACCCGCCGCCCCCCGCCAUACAGCUCCUAGAGAUCGACUUCUCAGAGCUUGUUCUGGAAGAAAUCAUUGGCAUAGGGGGCUUCGGAAAAGUGUAUCGAGCUAUAUGGAUAGGAGAUGAGGUUGCUGUCAAGGCAGCUCGCUAUGACCCUGAUGAGGACAUCAGCCAGACCAUUGAGAAUGUCCGCCAAGAGGCCAAGCUCUUUGCCAUGUUAAAACAUCCCAACAUCAUUGCCCUCAGGGGCGUGUGUUUGAAGGAACCUAAUCUUUGCCUGAUCAUGGAGUUUGCCCGCGGAGGAUCGCUCAAUAGGGUGCUGUCUGGUAAAAGGAUACCUCCUGACAUACUGGUGAACUGGGCAGUGCAGAUUGCCAGGGGAAUGAACUACCUGCACGAGGAAGCAAUUGUUCCCAUAAUUCACCGUGACCUCAAGUCCAGCAACAUACUGAUACUCGAAAAGGUGGAAAAUGGAGAUCUGAGCAACAAGAUGUUGAAGAUCACGGAUUUCGGCUUGGCCAGGGAGUGGCAUAAAACUACCAAAAUGAGCGCAGCUGGGACAUAUGCCUGGAUGGCUCCUGAGGUCAUCCGCUCUUCCAUGUUCUCCAAAGGCAGCGAUGUUUGGAGUUAUGGUGUGCUGCUUUGGGAACUGCUGACAGGAGAAGUACCAUUCAGAGGAAUUGAUGGUCUUGCAGUAGCAUAUGGUGUUGCUAUGAAUAAGCUUGCCCUUCCAAUCCCUUCUACGUGUCCUGAGCCUUUUGCCAAACUCAUGGAAGAUUGCUGGAACCCUGACCCGCACUCACGACCUUCCUUUGCCACUAUCCUAGACCAUCUUACUGCCAUAGAAGAGUCUGGUUUUUUUGAAAUGCCCAAAGAUUCCUUCCACUCCCUGCAGGAAGACUGGAAACAAGAGAUCCAAGAGAUGUUUGAUCAGCUUAGAGCCAAAGAAAAGGAGCUGCGCACAUGGGAAGAAGAGCUGACUCGUGCUGCUGUUGAACAGAAGAACCACGAGGAGCUGCUACGAAGGCGGGAGCAGGAGCUGGCAGAACGCGAGAUUGACAUCCUGGAAAGGGAGCUCAACAUCAUCAUCCACCAGCUGUGUCAGGAGAAGCCUCGGGUCAAGAAACGCAUGGGGAAGUUCAAGAGGAGCCGGCUCAAGUUAAAGGAUGGCAAUCAUAUCAGCUUGCCUUCAGAUUUUCAGCAUAAAUUCACUGUGCAGGCUUCUCCAACGAUGGACAAAAGGAAAAGCUUGAUCAGUAGCUGCUCCAGCCCUCCUGCAAGUCCUACCAUUAUUCCCAGACUCAGGGCCAUACAGUUGACACCUGCUGAAAGCAGUAAAACGUGGGGACGAAGCUCAGUCCUUCCAAAGGAGGAAGGAGAGGAAGAAGAGAAGAGAGGCCAGAAGAAAAAGGGACGCACUUGGGGACCAAGCUCACUAUGUCACAAGGAGCUAGGUGCAGGAGAAGAGGGUCUGAAAGCUCUGGUGGAAGGAUGCAAGCAGUGGUCAUCAAGUGCACCAAAUCUUGGGAAGAUCCAGAGAACUGCACCUGCUUUUCCAGGAUUCACCAGCUUAGCAGAGAUGGAUGAUGAGGAUAGUGAAUGUUUUAAUGGAGAGGGCAAAGUGCACCCUUCACCUGUGCACAAUCAGUCAUACCUCUGCAUCCCAUUUCAGAAGAAUGAAGAAUGGGAUGGCCCUUCUAGUGAUGCCAAUGAGGAGUCCACCCCUGUAAACUCUGCUACCAGUACCCCACAGCUGACACCCACCAACAGCCUCAAACGUAGCGGCUCCCACCACAAGCGAUGUGAGAUUGCAUUGCUUGGCUGUGGAGCAGUGCUGGCUGCUGCAGGCCUGGGUUUUGAUCUCUUAGAAGCAGGGAAGUGUCAGCUGCUGAUUGAGGAAGAGCCAGAGGUGCCCAAGGAAGAGAAGAAGAAGCGUGACAGCAUUUUUCAGCGAGCUGGACGUCCACGCAGGAGCACGAGUCCACCUUCCCGGAAGAUCUUCAGGAAGGAUGAUCCCCUGUUGUUGCUAGGCGAGCCAUCCACAUCCCUCACCCUUCUUUCCCUGUCUUCCAUUUCCGAAUGUAAUUCCACCCGGUCCCUGCUGCGCUCAGACAGUGAUGAGAUUGUGGUUUAUGAGAUGCCUGUCAGCCCAGUGACAGUCAAGGCUCCCUUGCCAGCCAUUACAAACCCACUGGUCAAUGUGCAGAUCGAGAGGUUCAAACAAGACCCCAACCAGUCCCUGACUCCCACACACGUGACAGUCUCUUCCCACACCCAGCAAAGUGGACACAGGCGCACGCCUUCUGAUGGAGCCAUCAAAGGGGGUGGACUGGUUGUCAAUGGGUGCCCAACCAGUGGAUGCCCUUCCAGUAGCUGUUUAACUGGAGCACUGGGAACAGGUGUAUUAAAAACACCUAGUCCAAGCAGAGAUCCCAGUGAGGUCCCUCGCUUGCCAGACCCCAACCUUGUUUUUCCUCCAACCCCAAGAAGAUGGAAUGCACAGCAGGAUCCCACACUGGAAAGACCCAAGACACUGGAGUUCCUACCCCGGCCACGUCCUGCAGCCGGUCGGCAGCGGCUUGAUCCCUGGUGGUUUGUGUCACCCAGCAAUGCCAAGGGUGAAUCUUCUGCCAACAGUUCAAGUACUGAUACUCCAAGCAAUCUUGACUCUUGUUUUGCUAGUAGCAGCAGCACUGUAGAAGAGAGACCUGGACUGCCUGCACUGCUUCCUUUCCAGGUGGGUCCUCCUGCAGAGGAGCGGACACUGUUGGACAUGGAUGCUGAGGGGCAGAGCCAGGACAGCACCAUUCCGCUAUGCAGAAGUGAACUUAACACACACAAAGCUGCAGCAUAUGAACUCAAGCAAGAAUUCUGGUCUUAAUAUGAAACCACUGGGGGCAAUGAGCUCCUCUAAAUUCAAUCCUACUUUUUGCACUGAGAAUGCACUUUGAAAACAGAUGAGAUGGAGGGAUGCUACAGAGAUCAUAUGGUGCUGCCUCUGCUGAAGAUGUGUUGUCAGCUGCCUGAUUUUUGUCUGCAUUUGGGUGAAACUUGGCAACUCUGAGCUGCUGACUUUUGCUGUGGGGUUUUCCUGUAGUCUUCCCUACCCUCUUAUUGCAGUUAGAAUCUGCAAUGAGCUGAAAUUAUCAUAUCAAAGUCUUUUGUUACUGACCUUGUAGGAUUUGGCACUUGGCAGUAAGUAUAUCGGUAUCCUGGUAUUAAUCAGUAUUUUCAAAUAAUAUUCAAAUAUUACACUACAGCAAACAUCACUGUUUGAUGUUUUCCCAAGGAAUCCAGAACAAAAACAAAUAAAUGUCUGGAGACUACCUUCUCUGAAAUACAUUCAGAUCAUUAGACAGGCCUGGGAAUCAUCAUACCCCCACUGAAAUAGCAGAAGUAGCUAUCUUAAGACUUGUUUGUCCUCUUUUGCUCAUGUGAUAGCGUAAGGUGGAACAGAUGGCAGGGGAAGGGCAUGGCAUCUCCACUGGCGGAGGUCUUUGAGAGCAGGUGAACCAGACUGUUGGAAACAAGUAGGUGUAGCUGAUCCUGGCUUCAGGGUAGGUUGGAUGAACUUCAGUGAUCUCCUGAGGUCCCUCUCAGACCUAUUUAUUUUAUGACCCUGUGCUUUCAAGAUGAAGGCUUACAGUAUAGCUGUUUAGCUUGGAGGUUUUUUGUUUCAGACUUUCAUUCAAUCAGUCUCUUCUUCCCACCCUGUUUCUCAGGCUCAUAGUCAAGUUGCCUCAGCUUUGGGAGGGGAGUUAGCAGAAACUUUCUUUAAAGAUGUGUUGGCUUGCAGAAGGAAGUAAGUUAUGUGUUUCCAAAUAUUUUUCUUUCAUUUUUUUUCUCCUUUCUUAUGCCUUUCAGGAGUGACCCAUGAAAACCAAGAUUGUUCUUAUGCACACUGGUACUUGUUUAAGGCUGUUUUGAAAAUGAGGCUUGUUAGUAGUUGGAUUGUGCAAACAGGAAUCAGAACAUCUGGAUUCUGUUUUAUUUUGUCACUGACUCACUGUGUGACCCUGGGCAAAUAAUGUAACCUCUGUGCCUGAAUUUCCCCAUCUGUAAAUAAUAGGAAUAAUACCUACCUCACAAGGGGAGGGGUUGGGACAUAUAUAAUAGGUAUAAAGUCCUUUGAGAUCUUUGAGUGAAAGGCACUAUAGAUAUGUAGAACUUUAUUCUUGUUCAAAUAUGUAAACACUCCUAGAUCUGGAGCAAGAACAGACCCCUGUCUCGAAGGAGGAAGGCACACGAAUAGGGUGUGCCUGUGCUCAGAGUUUUCUGUACAAAGACUUCAAGUGUGUCUGUGCCACUGCAGAUAUGUCUUACUGGCUGUAAUGAGAGCUUCAAUCUUUCCCAAAUUUGGCAUUAUAUAUAAGGGAUGUGGCCUUUAUGUGAGUGUAAUAGGGUAGUCUGCUUUAUUGCAGGGUACAGCAUGUCUGUCUGUUCACUGGUUUUGUACAGAUCUGUUCUUGUUUUGGUAAUCUGCUGAUAUUUGGUUGCAAAUAAGUCAUUUGACAGUGCUGCCAAUGCAGUGCUUAGCCUGUUGGGGCAGUCCAGGCCUGCUGUGAAGGCAGUAGAGCCCAAUAGUUCCUGCAGCUGUCAGCACAGUGAACUUGUGUGUUUAGAUGUUUGUAACCUGAUUUCAAAAACCAGCAUGUUUGAGGAAGAACUGUAUGUAAGGCUUUUUAGUUCUGUGUGAGGACUGAAACCAGCAUGUUCCCAUUAGUCAAGUGCACCUUUUUUAUCAAGGAAUUACAGUAUAUUUUGUUUUGAAAGGUCACAUGUUUUUUAUUUAUCACAUUCCAUGGAAAAUGCUUAAUGGCAGAAUUACUUUCUGCUGCCUAUUAAAUGCUCCAGAGCUAGCCUUAAUGGUGCUACACAUAGAUGUUGAAGCUGGAGAGACUGUUGACUGUUUAGACAAGGUAUUAUGAUAAGGCAAGAUGGGAUUCAGAUACUUAAAGAAAACAUUUCUGACUAUUUUGUUAAAUUUAGACCUUCGGCAUUAUUGAUUUCUUAAGCAUCCUUUUGCUUUCCAUUUCUGAAAACUCAGCUUGUGACCCAGACAUUAGCAAAAAGGCAAAACUCACGCAACAGAUUGCUAAUUUUGAUUGUGCUAUAAAUCAACCUUAAUAUAAUCUCAGUAAGAGGCUGUGUCAGAGGGAUUUGAAAGGACAUGAAAAUAAUUUAUUUUUUGUAGUCUUCCUUAUAAUUUUAAAAAGUCUGGAACAAAACUGGAUCAGCUGUUCUGAAAUGUUAUGUUUUCUAUCCAAAAGGUAUCAUUAUAAAUGUCAUAGUGAUAGUAUAGGGAUAAAAUGUUUCUAAAUCAUGGCAUAUUCAGGGGAGUUAGAAAGGAAGGAUAGGCCUGGUAGGCCCUGGGAAAAUAUUAAGGUAGGCCCUGAAAAAAUGUUAGGCUGCACCUAUAUAAUCAUUUAAUGACUAUGAUAAAUUAUAUGAUAGAUGCGAUGAUGUUUGGUAAUUGUAUAUAAUUAUUGUCUAAUCGUAACAAGAAUCAUGAGAAACGAUGUUGGGGGGGUUUGAUGGAAAUUACAAAAAUCCAUGCUUGGAUGAAAUCAAUAUAUACAAAAGAACAAUAUAAAUUUAAUAAUUAAUAAGUAGUCAUAUAACAAUAAGGGUAUAAAAAUGUGUUCUACCCAAACCCAUGUCGAAGUCAGAUUUGGGUCUGUGCCUCUGACACCCAGAGCUCUUCAGUAAAAGCACCUGCAUAAUCAUUCCAUGAUUAUAGGUUCCUGAAUGCUAACCACAGGGAGAAUCAUCUGCUCUGCAAAGGCAUCACCUGGAAUAGCUCCCUUUCAACAGAAAUCUUUCAAAUCCAUUUACUUGCAUGAAAUGGGAGGACACCUUUCUAGGUCACACUAUAUAACUGAUGUAACUCAGCCUGCUGAACUUUGUAAUAUUUGGCCAGUUGAUUUCACUAAGUGAACUUAUAAGGUUUCUGUCAAGUUCCCAGGAAAGACAAACAUAAAGGCAAGUUGUUCAGUCAUCUCUUUUACUUAGGAAAGUUGAGGAUGAAGAAUUAACCACCGCUUGCCCCUUUCCCCCUUUUAUAUAAUCAUUUGGUCAAGGUGGUAUGUAGCUGAACUUUGACAAGUCCUUUGCUCCAAAGGGUAUCUUCUCUAAUGCCAAGUGGACAUUGCUACAUCAAAAAACUUGGUAGGACAGAUGAAAGAGUCAAGGAUCCAGGUCGAGGUUACCAAACUAGAUACUGUUAUUACAAAGCUGCCAGACAGACUAGUUAGAAGCAUACUGGCUGGUAUGUGUUUGUUUUGUGGUUUUUAUUUGGGUUUUAUUUUAACCUUUCUUUGAUGCAAUUAUUGUCAUUGAAUCUAGCAUGUGAAUUAACCUGAGGAAGUCUUUGAGCAUCCACCCAUAACUGUCUUCCAGUGGCCAACCUGAGGUAUCAGGCAAGAGGAGUCAGUUGUGGAAACAAGGCUCCUGACUUCAGUAGGUGGUGGGGUAUUCUCUGGCAGGCAGAGAUGGGGCUCUCAAGAGUUGUCAGGUAUCUUACCUUAUGCACUCCAAAAGCUUUUGCAGCCAGUGUCCUAAGGUCCAAAGGCUGUGUGCAUGUUUAAGCUAGGUCAAAACCUCUCUCCCCAUCCAUCUGUCCCAUCCUGGCUUGAGUUCUCUGCUUUCUUAAUCUGUUGGGGUUUUUCCUUCCCAUUUGUGGGACCUCCAAAUCUUUAAAGAAGUGGUUGACUCUAUUCCACUAGACAGUGAGAAGAUGUGAGCCCAUCAGCUCAGAAAUCUGGUUUUUCCUACUGAUUGCUAGUAUUUCCAGUUGUCAGGGAAACAAAAAUGUCAGAAUAUUGGUCAUUGACCUACCUUUAUAGUAGUAUUCUUGAGAAGAUGGUGAAAAUCUUACUUAAAUUUUUUUCUAAUAAUUGUGUUGCUUCCUAAAUGUGUGAAUAAGUUGCACUUUUGUUUUGUCUGAGAAAAUGAGAAAAAGAAAACAUGAACAUCACAGAGCAGUCUAAAACAAUGACAAAAGAUUGGAGAAAAAUAUGUUUGAAUACAAGCCUUACAAAGAGGAAGUGGCAGUUUUUUAACUGAUAGUUAUAAUGAGAUUGUAGCUGAGAGAAAUGUUUGUGGUUUAGAAAUAUAUUUGUAUUUUUGUUUAUUCAGCUGGUAGUGUGUAUCACUAAUUUAUGUAAUUGAUGUGCUGAUUUAGGAAUUAGAAAGAAGUAUGUCAGCCCUUCAAAGUAUGCUAUCCUUGCAGCCUGUUUAGUUUUCCUGUAAUCGGAAUAUAAUAGAGAUAUUGGGGAAAGGCACAGACAUAGCAACCAGUGCAAAAAAGGACAAUUUUUUUGUUAAAUUUCUUCUGGUUUCAUAUAAAUUGAGUGUGGGACAAGUAGAGAGAAGAAAGCUUUUGUGUCAAAACUAAGGCGAUUAAAUAGUUACAGAUUCUUUUCUAGUACUGUUGCUUCUUUUACAGCAAGUAGGUCUUAAUCUCCUCUCAGUCAUUUUCAGCGGUGCAAAUGUAACUUUUUAUACAUACUUUGACUCCACUUUAUUAUUGCAAUGGGUUGAUAUUCAGUAUGGGGCAGGGAACCUUAGUGAAAAUACUCUUUUUGUAGUAGUUUUCUAACAAAAUGAGUAUUUUUAAAUGAAUUUUUUGUUAUUGAUGGGGAAAGACCUGUUCUGGUGUGGCAUGGUUUUAUGAUGACAUUUUUUUCUAUACCUCUAGGAAUGGGAGUAGUUGCCUUCCUCUUCAUAGCAUGCUGUUAUCUUAAGACAUUGUGGACAAUACUGCAUAGAGAUGUAACUUCGAUGUGUCACAAAACUGGACACCUCUCAUUCUGUUGAAGGUGAGGCAGUAAUGGUCAAGUGAAGAAAGGUCUUUUCCUUUGGAGUGUUUUGUUCAAUAAAACAUGUAGGAAACCUCCGACCUUGAGUCGCUUUUCUAUCUUGAGAUUAAUUUUUAUUUGAAACCUAAUUCAUCUCUGUGGGAUGAAUAUGGGACCUGGAGUCCCAUUGGAUGUAUGGAAUCAAACCUACUCCUAUGUCCCAAAAUUCAGUGAUAGCCUGUUAUUUUUGCAAGGAAUUUAAAGCUAAUGUAAAUAGGUUUGUUUCUGUUUGGUUUUUGAAAUGUUUCUCCAUGGAAAACAUGCUUCUUGCUUUCUAACCUUUUCCAUGCAUUUUGGAGAUACUCUCAAGAACUCUUACCAACUCUGAGGUGAAUAAGAAGGGUUAUAUCUUGCAGUGUGAUUUAAGUUCUCCUUUUGGCUUUUUUUUUUGUAUGAAAAAGGACAUUUACAUUUGGAAAUAUUUCUGAUCCUUACUCUGUCACUGAAGAACAGUUUCUUAGCUUUCAUGUUUAGAACUCCUUUAAGACUACAAUUUGGGUAAAACUGGACAUUAAAAGUGAGAGGAUGGACAUGUGUUAAAACAUAUUUGCAAACAAGCAAUAAAUACAGCAAAUACAAGAACCAAAAUAUAUUGUCACAGAACAUAACGUUCAGAUUUCACGAAUCUUUGGUUGAUGGUAUAAUUAAUAUAUCUAUAGCAAAAAAUGCCUUCUUAUGUUUUUUCUUAAGUUUACUAUCUUGGUACUAGAAUACAGUGGUUUGUACAGCCAACUAGCAUGGUAACUAGCCAGACGGAAAGGAUCUUUAACUAAGUUUGCUUUUUUCCCCUCUUAUUUUCAAUCCAGGUUUUGGUUUAAAUUUUAUUUUUUGUCUUUUUGGUGUUUAACAAUCAAUGCAGUCUUGAGAAGAACUUACUAACCUCACUUUCACAGUUUCAUGAGGCAUUUUGGACAUGAAUCUAUGGCUUAUUCUGGUGCUCCCUCUAUUUAAUUCAUUAGUAGAAAGUCAUGCUGCAGUUAAAAUGUGCGUUUGCUUUUGGUUUUUCCCAUGCUUGGCUUUUUUAAACAGUUUUGCUACUGGUCAGACAUGAGCACAACUUCCGAAAUUACCUACAUAAACUUUCUUUUUUACGUUGGAAGUAGUCACUCCCAGGCUAGGAGGUUUGUGCUUAAUUAACAAGUGACUGGGUAGUGGGUUUGAGGUAGAUACUGGAAUUAUUACUGUUCCUUUCUAACAAGGACCUCCCAUUUUUUGCAACUGGAAACUCUUCAGCACUUCCUCAACAUUUGUAUACAAGAAAUACAUUUUAGGUCCUUUGUACAUAGUGAAAAAUCUUCCUUUUUCUAAUCAGGAAAAUAAUUUUCCUACUGAGAAUGGCUUCUUGAGCUCUGUGGUUUUGUCUGUUAGUUUUCUGUUUGGGGAUAGUGUUUAUUUUGGGUUUGGUUUUUAAGCCUCUCAAAUAUAUAUAUGUGUGUGUGUGUGUGUGUGUUAGGUGCAUCCUUGUAUGCCAAGGUGCCUUCCAUCUCACAUAUCUCCUUGCUGGGGCCUGAGGUUGGUUUUUUGGAGGGACCUCCUAGUUGUAGCUUUCAGUACUUUCAGGCCAAAUACCAUCACUGGAAACCUUUUUUGUCCUCCCAUUUACCCUCCUGUGUUAAGCUGCACACUACCACUGCCUCUCCCUGUUUCACCAUUAGGGUUUUGGCCCAUCCCAUCUUUGUUGGUUAUUUAUUCCUGUUGCCAUAGUAACAAAUGUAGGGCAGAAAAUCAUACACAUUUCAGAUGUGCUUUGACCUAAAAGCUCUCCACACUAAAAGCAUAAGGUACAACUGGGUGAAGUGGAAGCGGAGGUUGGCAGGAAAUAACACAGUGAAAUUAUGCUCCUUAAUGUAAGUCAGAGGACAGAGGGAUACUAGCUACUUGUUAAACUGUUGGCAUCAUAGUUAAGUUGGAUCCUAAAGAAGAAUUUGAGGAGUCUACAGUUUCUUAAUUUGAUAGAAUGAUUUGGAUUGGAAGGGACCUUAAAGGUCAUCUAGUUCCAGUCCUUCUCCUGUUGGUGGGGACACUUUCCACUAGAUCAGGUUACUCACAGCCCCAUCCAACUUACCCAGUUUCUGGUUGGUUUGUUUUGUUUUACCCUGAACUACCUCAUCUGUAGAGACAGAAUGGGCAGAAAGUAUAAGUUUUGGUAAGAAUUGCUCUAAGUAUGCAGUUAAGGUUGGAAUGAGAUGGGAAGGCAGAGGCAAACUUGUAUUUGGCUCUUUGACAUGCAAAUUCUGAAUGGAAAAGUAACACCAGUUCAUUCAGUUUAUUAAGAUUAUACUUGCUUUAGAUAUUUAUGUCUCCAAAAUAAACAAUAAAAGGACAAAGCAGGGCAUUUUUCUUGAUAGUUUCUAACUCGUGGAAGAGUUGAUUGUCUAGAGACAAAAAGGUGGAGAUAUCAUAUUGGUCAGUACUGCUUUUAGAAGUGAUAGACUCUUUUUUCAAAUCAGAUUUUUUUUCUUUUUUAAUAAUUUAAUAUACUCUUAAGCUGUGCAUGAUUCUGAUUGUUUUCCUAUAUUUGCAGUAUUGUUUUCCUAGUGUAUCAGCUCCUAAUACAGUCCUUACUGUAUCAGAAUGCUAAUAAUGUGCAGGCAACCCAACAGAACUAAUAUUAAGGAAUUAUGACACAUUUUUAGUGUGCAGUAUGGUGGAUUUAUUAACCCAGCUUGAAGUGGGCUACUGUUAGGUCUCUUGCUGAUGGGUCAGAUGGAUGCAGAGCUAGGAAAAGGGGCCUUAGAACAAAUCUGCAGGAGCAAUGCCAAAGUUGUAUUUGCUUAAAAUAAGCAAUUUGAAAAAUAAGCAUGGAGGGAGGCAGCGGGAAGGCCCCUUGUUAAUCAGAAGUACAUCUAUCAGAUCUUGUCCAUGCUCAAACUUUAGUUGCCAGGAUAGCUAGUGAGAAUCUACAUUGUGUUCAAUGUGGCUGAAACUUCAAUAUUAAGACAAGAAUAAUUUAUUUUAUAUAUGCUAUUUUAGACUGAUUAACACUGUCUCUUGUUCUACUUUGAUUUGUUUCCAUUCAGCGUUUUCUCAAGAACAGAUGCUGAGGUUGGAUAGAACUGCCCUUCUUGUCUUGGAGAGGCAUAUAGGUCUGAGAGAGAAGAAACAUGCCUCUAGCCGUGUCCUGAUCUUUUGUGUCUUGUGAUCUUAGUUGGAGAGGUUAUAAUGGUGCAGGAGGACAUGCUGGUGUUGUUCCAAGCUUCAUUAAUAAGAAUACCACUAGCAGCAAUUAAGUUACAGAACAAACCUGGCCUCUGAUUGCUGUUUGGCAUAGCUCAGUUGCACAUGGAGCUUCUUGAGUUCAAGUAUAUCUGGAGGUGAACAGAGGUUCUUCCUUGAAUUCUGCUGGAAUUAGUGAAUGUGGCCACUUCUUAGCUUGGGCAAUUUGUUUUCUCCCAGGCCCAGUCAAUGUCACAAAAUCAGCUGUCACACUCAACUUAUUGCCCAGAUACUCAUAGUAGGCUUGUUCUUCUGUCUUGCAUGCUUUAGUGAACAGCUCUUACAGUGCCAACAGGGUUAGCAUUUGUAUCUGAGCAGAGCAGCUAAUAUCUCUGAGCUGACUUUUCACACUGCAUCUUCAGCAGUUGUUACUCCAUCAGUUCUGCCAUUGCUCUAUUUUCAAGUUAUCUUGACAACUAUAAUAUCCAGACUGUAAAGAGUAUAUCCACAGGAAAAAAUAAUAGGUAAAAAAGAAAUCAUAUUUAGGAGUGUUUUCCAGUUGAACUGGUUGAAUUUGGCCAGUGCUCUUGGCAGAGAGUAGGAUCCAUUCUUUUGCAACAUAGAUCUCUUUGGGGGAUGGCUUGGUUUGAACUGCAGAAUUUACCUAGAUUCAUGUGAAGUCCAUGGGCACCAGUGCCCAUCAUGUUUGUCUGUUACAAGAAGACACCACAUAAACCCAAGAGCAGCUAGUAAUAAAAGUUUGUAUUUAGGGUAAUUAACUUUCAAGUUAAAAGGGAAGAGGCCUGAAUUCAGAAAGGUCUUCAUUACAUACUUAAAUAUCACUGAAAUCAGUGGAAUGUAUUAAUGGGUCAAAAUGCACAAGGCCCCAGCUGAGCAAAGCUCUUUUAAUCUGACCUGGGGGAUUGUUGUGUAGAGACUAAUGGUGAAGGACCAGGUUCUUACCUUGAUUGUCAGAGUAAGAAGUCAGUUAACCUGAGGAAAAAGUUCCUCAACAAGCCCCUGGGUAAAUGCUGGUUUGAUUGCUGACUCUUGUGGCCUUUCCAUGGCUUCACAUGCCAUACCUAUUUGACUGCUACUUUCUAACUCUAGUGGAGUAAGCUUUGAGAAUGUGUUGUGACAUGAGGUAAAGAACUUCUGCAUUAGCAGAUUGCUAGCUGUAAAGGGGCAGUAAGUGGUGACCAAAGGCUGUGUGUGCAAAUGGCAGUUUAACCUGAGGCCUAUUCUCAAGUGUUUCUUCUCAUUUUACAAAUGCAUCCCUCCAGGCUGGUGGACAGACCUGACAAGCUCAGUGGUGAUCAACAUCCGCCACUUUUACUAGAGUUCUAGGAUUCUUGUCUGUCAACUGUCGGCACAGCACACUGUGCUGCUAUAUUUGAUUUCUUUGUCAUAAAUUCAAGACAAGCUGGAAAUAUCUGAGAUAUUUUGCCUGACCUAAGUUGAGAGGCUUUUAGAGAGUGAGCAGGCAACAGUGGUGGAAAAAUCAGGGAAAAUACCUGUGCUUUUAACAAUGUUUCUUCUGUGGCUUUGAAAGUCCAAGAGUUUCUCAGCCAGAGAAUGUAUUUCUUCCUUCUUUUUAUAAGCUACUUCUUUCUUUUGCCUUAUCAUUUGUGGAUCUGCUCCUGCUUCUAUUUCAAGCCAGAUGCAAAAAUCGGUGACCUGACUUUCCUAGGUACAGUGUUGUAAAUCUGAAUAACCAGGUGAGUAGAUUUCUCUAGUGUAAGAUCAUGCCCCCAUGUCUGAUCCUUUGAGAUAUGGAAUAGUUCCUGCUUGUGUUGAAAUCACUGUGUGGAGGGUGUUGGGUACUUCAUAAGGAACUCCAAACUCUGUAGGACUGGGAUUCAUCUUACAGCUCAAGUAUUUCAGUCUGGUUUUGGAGACCUCUGUAUGUCUUCUCUUCUGUUUAUGGUGUUCAAAAGUCUGUUGCUAUGGAAGUAGCACCUGAAGGUAUGUUUGCCCGAAGAACCUGCAAUGAAGCAGUUAAAUUACCAAAUGGCAAUGUACCCCAGAAUUGAGUAAAAUAACAGAGGCCACCAAGUUUUUCUUGUUUGUGUGAUGAAAUGUUGUCAAAUUAAGUGAUUUGUUGGAGCCUUCCUUUAACUUCUGUACAGCAGUAAGCUUAGAGGAAAAGAAGAUUGCAUUAUUUUUUAAAAAGCUUUAUUUGUGACCUGGACUUGUUGCCUCUGACCCUCUUGGGCUUAAAUAGUUAAAUUAUAUUAAUGUCCAGUUUGUUUCACUGUAGGUAACACAUCAACUGAAUACUCUUGUGCAUAAUCUACUGUAUCUUUCCUCUGUUGUGUCAAUGUAUUAUGUGUAUUUGGAUUACAGUUCUUUUUGUAUUAAAUUAUUUUAUGUUAUAGAACAAUAUUUAAGUGAAGCAAAGAGCUAAUGGAAGUUGUUGACGUUUUGGGAUUUCUUUUCUCUUUGCUCUUUUUUUGGAUGUACUGUAAAUUGUAAACCAAGGAUGCCAAGCAGGCUUGGUUCAAUGGCUAAAAUUAUUGUAUUACAGUGUAAUGCUGAUCUAGGCCUUGUCUCAACACUAGAGCACACAGACUUGAAUAAAACUGUUAUAAAAGCGA